AUGUUUCCAAAAAACACCUGCCUUGCGAUUUUGUUUCUUGCUAUGACCACAGUAGGGACUGCAGCAAACGUUUUCCUCUUUACCUUUUAUAUGUUCCAUGCCCUUGCUGGCAACAAGAUGAAUUCAAUAAACCUUAUUUUCACCCAGCUGAGCUUGGUGAACUUCACUAUGCUUCUCAGCAAGGGGAUUCCACAAACGUUGCUGGGUUUGGAGUGGAACUAUUUCCUGAAUGAUGUUGGGUGCAAAGUUGUAUUUUACCUUCGCAAAGUGAGCCAGGGGCUUGCAAUUUCCUUUACUUCUCUUCUAUGUCUAUUCCAGGCUGUCAUCAUUGGGCCCCCUAAUUCCAGGUGGGCAGAGUUCAAAAGUAAAGCCACAAAACAGGCUGUCCCUUCCUAUUUCUUCUCUUGGACCCUCAACCUACUGUUAGAAAUUCCUGUCUCAGUAAGUGUAAGGGGCCCAAGAAAUGGUAUCAACAUUACAAACACAUUUGAUUAUAUAUAUUGUACUUUCGAACAUGAUAUAAAUGUUUAUGUUAUAAUGGUCAGUUUCAGAAAUGUGCUUUGUUUGGGGAUAUUAGUCUUGUCUGGGGGCUAUAUGAUUCUUUUCCUACACAAACACCACCAGCACAUCCAGAAUAUUCAGAACACCAACCUCCAACCCAAAAAUUACCCUGAAAUCAAAGCCACCCAAACAAUUCUUUUACUGAUGAGCACAUUUGUCACUUUUUAUGCACUCGAAUCUAUUUUUACUAUUUUUCUUACUUAUUUAGACAAAAAGUCCAACUGGAUUUUGUCUGCUACUGUCUUCUUGUCGCUAUGUUACCCAACCAUUAGUCCCUUUCUACUAUUGACACCCAGAAUCUCCAGGUCUAGUUGUAGGGUGAUGCUGAUCAAGCUGCAAGAUGUAGGACCCCAAGUGGCUAAAGAACGAGCACAGACUUUCCUAAGCGUCAGCGCGGGUGAAGACAUUGCCCUAGACGCCGACAAAGAUCUCGAGGACACGAACUUUCCCAAGCAUCUGCUUGGCUGA